UGAACCGGUGCGAAGUAGAGGAAGAGGCAGAAGUGACGUGCAGAGUGAUUACGGUCGUCGUGGUAGAGGCUGGUUCCUUCUGUCCUGGUUGGCUGUUCCACCAGCACGUAACAGCAGCCUGGUGAAGAGCACACACGCGCGGUGGUGGUGAGGGUGCACUGUAUGUACCCUUCCAGUGAAGAGAUAUGGAUAUCUCUCUUACUCGCAAGUCAGCACCUCAAACGCGAAAAGAAGAGGUGGGUAGUUUUAGGUGCAGGGUGUGCAACCUCAAUAGGCGCGAUUGGCAGCCGAAGUGACGGUCAUAGUCGGAUCGUUCGUCGUCGGUUCACACUGUCGCUCAGUCGCUCUCUCGUUCUCUUCGUCCUCCCAAUCAUUCGGAGAAUCGGAGUCGAGACCAAUCGUCCCUAGCGCGGUACGCACGGACCAACUACCGCCUUGUC